AAGUCGUGUUAAACUAAUACUUAUUUCUAAACAAGAUUCGCGUGUGUUACAAUUUUUUUUUCCAACUUAUUACUAUAUUUUUUGUUGCGACAAUUUUUGCGCCAAAAACUUUAACACGCCAACAACCUACACACCUAUCCACACACAAUGAAGUUCUACAACAUUUGCCUGCUCUUCAUCAUCUGCGCACUGAGCUACGGCCUAUGUGCUGCCCAGGACGAUUCUGCGCCAGGAGGCUCGCCGGCCAAACGAAUUGCUGCACUGCGUCGUCCAGUGGGCAAGGCGGCGAAGGCAACCACAACAACUACUCCGGCACCGCUUUCUGAUGAUGACGGUGAGUUGGGCGACUAUAACGAUGAACAGGAAGAGGGCGAUGAGCCGUCGGCACAAAGCUCUACGACCACAACCAGUACGGAGGCGCCCAAGAAAGUAGGCCCCGUUAUACGUCCUUUCCGCUCCAACGAUGAUUUCCUCAACUCGCUGAAACGUCGCCAGCAGAACGCAAAGAAACAUCGCGCCGAGAAGGCCCCCGUGAAGCUCAACAAGAAGACUGAGGACUCCUCCGACGAGCACGAGGAGGCGGCGCCAGCUGCUGCGCCAGCGCCCGCUGCUCCAGCGCCAGGCAAGGGCUACAAGAGCAAUGCGGCAUUGAGUCGUCGCAAGUUGGCCAAACCCGGCAAGCCUGAGCCUGCUGUGGAGGAUGCUGCCGCUGAGGAGUCCGAGCAGCAGCAAAAGGAGGAGGCAAAGCCAAAACGUCCCAUUGGCCGUUUAGCUUUAAGGAAGCGCAACUAAGGCUUCAUACACCCCACGCCCAUACCAACACAAACACCCACACCCUAAAACUACUACAGCAAAAACAACAAUUUGUAAAAAAAACAGUACCAGCACAUUUGUAAAAUACUGAACUAUAUACUAUACUUCCUAUAUACUCAACUUUUUGCUGUGUCGAAUUUAUAGUUUUUCCUUCACUCACUGCCUGCCACAAGUGCUAACAUAUCUCUGUCUAUAUCUACAUCUACCUACUUGUAUAUCUUUAUUGCUCAUCUACUCCCAUUUUUGUUCUCUUCCUCUUCCACUUUCUCUCGCACACCGAAUUCCUGAAGUCUCCUGUACUUUCUCCCGUAGUUUUUAGGUCACAAGCAAUUGAUUUUUUUAUAUAUUGUAUGUAUAAAAUAUUUGUAAUUUUAUUUUUAAACACGCCAACCACAACCACAACACCAACACGCUACAA